AUAUAAAUUGUAUAAAUUGAUUUAUCGUUUACGAUGUCUACCGAAACAAUGUUUGAAUUCGAAAUAGAUGAGAAAAUCCAUUAGGCGGUUAUAUAGUGAUAGCAGUCAUUCAAUCAUAUUAGCCUUGGACAUGUACCAAAAUUAAUGCAACGAUCAAUCCUGUACUGAAACUGGAUCUCGUGGAGAGACAUACGGUGAUAACGUCACAAUAUGGAAACUGAAGAGGGAACAGCGCUCCUAUCAGAAAACGAGUUAGUUCCUGGUGUAUGGACAGAUGUAACUAAAGGACUGCGAAAAGAACGUAUAAGUUUCCGUUUUAUGUCAAUGACGAAGCCAUCGUAUCUGUCACGUUGUCUAAUAACGAUAACGAAUAUAAGUGGCUUGAGUGGAAGAAAAUCAAAUAUACUGAAACCAAGAGAGGAAAUUGUAGAACAAUGGAUUGAAAUUGGUACUGGUAUUACACCAGUUGAUUGCUAUAUUGAGUUAUUUUUGAUACAAAUGCUAACCAAUGAAACUAGCAAAUGCGUUAUCUCUUGCAAAAAUUGCGAAAUCAGCUUUAUACUAAACUUACUGAGGAUAGAGGACCAUGGAUAUUACCACGAUAAAUCUCCAGAACAGAUGUUGACUCUUGCUAAACAAUACAAAGAAAAUGGGGUUAAGAUGUUUCCCGAAUAUACACUGUUCGCACACCGCUACUUCAAUCUUGCGUCUAAGUGCUUACUGGCUUGUUCUCCGUUGGAAGAUCUUGAACCUCUAGAAAAGAAACAUGACACAACUCGUGAAAUGCAAUCUCUCCUUGAAGUUCUCUAUCUAAAUAUUUCCGCUUGCCUUAUUAGGCAAUGUAGAUAUGAUGAGGUGCUUCAUGUUCUUGGAUAUCUUGAAAAAGUAGAAAAACCGUUGGACAAAGCUAUAUAUCGUAAAGCUUCGGCGCAAUUCCACAUCAAGCUUUACAAAGAGGCAAUUAGCACACUAGAACGAAUCGAUUAUACCACAAACAAGGAUUGCAUGGCGUUAUAUCAGCGAAUAAAAAUAGCUAAGCAACAGGAAGACAUAAAGUACAGCAACAUGGUGAAAAAAAUGUUUGUCGGUUGAUUUAUCCCCUAUGUAUGCCACAGGGCAUUGAGGUGAGAGUAUUUUAAGAAACCGUUCAAAUGUACGAGUAUUUUUAUUUUCGUCACAUAAUAAUAAUACAUUCUUUGGAAGGAAAAUAUAUGUUUCAACAAACUGAAUUUCCGAAAAAAUUGUAUUCGUUCUCAAUAUAUAAUUCUUGAUGUGAACCUACUAUUGAAAUCGGUUUAUAUCGUUCAUGCCAAUUUAAACCUGAAACAUUCACCUUUAUUUCGUGCGGCGAAUGACGUGAGAUAGCAAAAUAUCUCCCUUUAUUGUGGAAGCCGCUUUGUUAAUACGCCCGUCGAUUCGUCGAUUCGGCGAUCCCCUCGUACAGUACACAGUAGCAAUGUAACUGCUUACUGAUCGUUCGUCGUUCGUCGAUCGUUCAGUCUGCUUGACCAUCACGUAACGAUCGUGAUCUGUCAGGGUACGAUGAUCAGCAUUUUUUUAUCUGCGACGAACACAAAAGAAAAGAUUACUUGCAAAAAUCAUUAAGCCAUACGAUCCUGUAUUUGAUAAUAAUUUCUAAUAACUAGUGCUAGUGCUUAUUUACCUAAAUUAUCUAAAAUUAUUUUUUAUAAAGACUAGGAUAAAAGGUAACAAAUAGGUUGAGUUUUCAAUGAAUUUAUCUUAAAAGAUUUCUCCUUAAUGAUAGAUUACAGCUACAACUAGAAACUAAGAAGAAAUUAUCUACAUCUACUGCUUAUUAAACUAUGCUAAACCUACAAUUUACCAUAUCGGUUAGAAUCGAACAUUGAAUCUAUUCUACAAUUCGUCAUAUAUUAGGCUGUCGAAAAAGUCCUGCGGUAUUUCCACGAGGUGUCGUUGUAAGCGCGUAGUUCUAGUUGUAUUCAUUGUAUCGAGUCAUACUAUAGCUUGUUGGAAAGGUACGCGCUAUAAUAUAGUCAUUGACAGUGUUUUGUUUGGUUAAGUCGUUCGUGAGUUAUAGUGUCGCAAAUAUGGAGCAAAAUAAAGAGAAAAUCCGACAUAUUUUACAGUA